ACCAAAUGUACACUUUACGACGUUCAAUCUAUAGAUUACGAUUCAUCUACCAUACAUCUUCCUCUUCUGAACCCUCGAAUCGACUAUACGAGAAAAGUUGACCCUCAGCGCUUCUACACCCACCAUGUCCGACGCCUACCAUAAAGCUUCCUCGAGGAAACCUUCGUCUGCGCUCAUCAAACACCUCCUCUUCCCUUCGACCUCCCCGCGUCUGACACCGUCAAACCUGGCGACCUUUCUCUCUACCACCUCGGGACUCGACAAGACGCUCAUGCUCAUCCAGUACCCCGCGAGGAUCAUCGUCCCGCUGUUAUUGGUCCUGGCAAGAAGGAGCAGGAACAAGGACGGGAGACGGCUGUUGAGCAGGUUCGCACAGGAUCUGACCAACCUGAGCGGGUCCGUAUCGGAUGCGAGGACGAUGAUGAGGCUGUUAGGCAUCAUUGCCAUGCUCCCUUCAAUCCCCACACUGUUUCAUCCGACGACCUCUCUUUUGAGUUCGCUUCAGAACCUCGCCUUGAUCAUCUACUAUCCUCUAGAGAACCUCUCAUUCUUAUCAAGCAAGGGAGUCUUCCCCCUUUCUCCCGCUAAAGAGCUGAGAUGGAGCGUAUGGAGCUGUAGAGCCUGGAUGGCCUACGUCGCAUUGGAAUUCGUUGCCCUGUGGGAACGACGCAACGGCUUGAUCGUGCGGCAGAAGGCUCUCGAGGUGCAACAUCGUCAAAGUCUACAGAUGGAGGUCAAACCCGCCGACGGACCUUCAAUGUCGACAACGACACCGACUUCGGAGUUGGAACUGCAGAAGGACUGGGUGGGCUGGUACGAAGACGCCGUGUCCAACCUCGGGUACGCACCCUUGACGAUUCAUUGGUCACUAUACCAAGGCGCGUGGACGAACCAGGCUUGGACGGGGUUGUUCGGGACCGUAGCUUGCGUAGCGGGACUGAGGUCCAAGUGGAGAGCGAUGGGAGCUGGUGUAUAGGCUGCGAAGGAGAGCGUUUGUGCAUGAGGCGGUGUGAGCGUGUGU